GCAGUGUCCGAAGCUACACGACGUUACGAAUCACGAUGCCGACUCUCGCAGGCUUCUCGGACAACCCGCUGCACACAAAGACCGACAUCACCCGGGCAUGCGAGGCUCUUCUGCAUCCCCUGCUCCCCUACUUCUCCAAGCACCACGCGCGCGUCAGGAUCCCAGUAGAAUCGGCAGCUCAUUUCGACGAUCUAGCCGCACAAUUAGAGGGUUAUGCGCGGCCACUAUGGGUUGUCGGAGCGCUAUUGUCGGAACCAGACGCAACUGGAGGGAUUGAUGCACACAAUUCGCUGCUCCAGCCGUGGAUAGACGGGCUGCAAUAUGGCGUCGACCCGUCGUCCCCAGAGUUUUGGGGGGACAUUGUCGACAUGGAUCAAAGGAUGGUCGAAGCCGAGAUCAUCUCCUUUGCCCUCCUGACGGCACCGCGUGCUCUCUACGACCCAUUAUCGGAUGAUUGCAAAGAGCAUUUGGCCAACUGGUUGUACGGCUUGAACGGCAAAGCGAUGCCGGAGAAUAACUGGCGCUGGUUCCGCGUCAUGUCGAAUCUAGCCCUCAUCAAAGUCUGCGGCCGUUCCAAGGAGCAGCUGUGGCCGUUGAUGGAAAGGGACCUCCAGACCCUCGACUCGUUUGACAUUGGCGAUGGAUGGUCGGCCGACGGCCCAUGGCGACCGGUCACAGAAGAUCCAGAGGAUGAGGGAGCCGGACCGAGUGCAGCCUACGGGCGUCACGCCGACUACUAUUCCGGCAGUUUCGCCAUCCAGUUCAGCCAGCUGUUGUACUCUAAGUUGGCGGCCGACCUCGACCCGAGCAGGGCGGCAAAGUAUCGAGAAAGGGCUAGGCAGUUCAGUCGCACGUUCUGGAGAUACUUUGACUGCGAUGGCGCUGGUAUCCCGUUCGGCAGGUCCCUUACUUACCGUUUCGCCAUGAGCGGCUUCUAUGCCGCGUUUGCAUGUGCUGGGCUUUGUGACGACAGUGACCCUCUGAUGUCCCACGGCGCUAUCAAGGGCAUGCUGCUCCGAAACUUGCGUUGGUGGGCUACCAACUCCGAGGGCAUCUUUUGGCCAGACGGCACGCUCAACAUUGGUUUCGUGUAUCCGAACAUGUACAUGGCCGAACCCUACAACUCCCCUCAGUCGCCAUACUGGGCGCUCAAAUCGCUAAUCGUGGCCGCUCUGCCUGCCGCGCACCCCUUUUGGGCCGCCGAGGAACUCGCCCACCCACUUCUACACGACACAGGCAAGCAGCCGCCAGUUCAUGUCGCCGGAGUAGACUUGGUCAAGCCCGCGCGCCAGAUCCUCUGUAACCACGAGGGCGGCAGUCACCAUUUCCUGCUCUCAUCGGGGCCAUUUGCCGUGUGGCCGAUGAAGGUGCCAGAGGCCAAGUACUCCAAGUUUGCAUACUCGUCGUCCUUUGGUUUCAGCGUCCCAGCGGGCGGCACCAUCAAUCAGAUCGCGCCCGAUAACACGCUUGCCUUGAGUCUUGACGAUGGCGAUACUUGGGCGGUGCGAUGGAUAUCUGUCGGAGAAACCACCACCAUUGAGGUGCCCGUAAACGGCGAGAUGGUCCCCGCGAUGGUGAAUCGCUGGCGGCCAUGGCGGAAGAGAGCCCUAGAGGUAGAGACGACCCUCGUUGCGCCUUGCAGUCAGUGGCCUGAUUGGCAUGUGCGUGUACACCGCGUGCGAUCUGUGGGCUCUGGGCUCCGACAAGGCGAAUCAUUUACAGCUGUGGAAGGCGGAUUCGCGAUUGAUGGCCGACGCCGCUCCGAUGGCCGUUCCCUAUGGAAUGGCCGUGCUCAGGGCGGGCCGGACACGCCGUUGAGUGCCUAUAACAUCACAGACGGCAGUGAAGGCGCUUUCGAAACAUCGAAGGCGGCUUUCGUCCUGUCUGCAGCCGGCGCCAGCGGCAUCAUGGACUUAUCACCCCCAGGACCUUUUGAGUCCACAACCGGCGAGGUGAUGAAGACGGAUCCCAAUACCAAUCUACUGACGCCGCGCACUCUUCUGCCAAUCAUUCGCAAGGCUUCCAGCGAUACUCUUACCCAGGACUUUGUCUUGGCUACGGCUGUCUUCGCCAUCUCAUCGAAGCCAGGCCCUAAGCACCGGGCCACGGACAACCUCGGUCACCGAUGGGCGCAGACGCCCAGGAUCUCUUGGGAUCAGGGCGGCCACUUCGCAUUGGCUUAGUCUAGGCAGGUCAUUUAGUUGUAC